UCUAGACACCUAUCUGACCUCUUCCGACAUUUGUGCUAUCUCUCUCUCUCUCUCUCUCUCUUGCAUUCUAUAUGUAUUUCAUUUUUUCAACAAAACUUCAUCAAAUACAUAUGCCCCAUCAAAGAUAGUGUCCCACUCCCAGGAACCCCACAAGGUUUCAGAUUUUGAUAUUACUUCCUCUUCAUGAUCUCAACUUUUACCAAACUCCAGUCAAGUUAACCCUUUUCAGUUUUGAUCCAUUUCUAUCAGAUUCAGACCCAAAGGCCUCUUUUUUCCCCCCAUCCCAUGCUGCAUUAACACAACCAUUUGCAGUGUAUACAAAUAUAAAUAUAUAUAUCUUUAUUCCUUUUACCUUUUGCUCACUCAGCACAAACUCAUCAUCAUCAUCAUCAACUAAAAACUUAGAUUCUGAUACUAUGAACAGUUUUGACCCCCAAAGACAAGAUUCCAGCUUAAAACGGAGAUGGCAAGAUAGAAGACAGAUUAUUACGGGUGCACCUUCAAAUUCUUCUUCUUUGGCUUUCUAUGCUAAUAAUAGCAACAACACCAGCAGCAUGGCCAAGUAUAGCAACAAAUUUCAAAGCUUCUCUGUUCUUGAAGAUGAUGAUCUUGUCUCAAGUGUAGUCCCUGCAGUUACUGUUGUUCUAGAGGGUCGUUCGAUCUGUCAACGCAUCAGCCUCCAUAACCAUGCUAGCUACCAAAGUCUAGCCAAGGCUCUCCGGCAGAUGUUUGUGGAUGUUUCCGACGCCGGAGGGAACUCGGAGAUUCAUGAUGAUCUUGAUCUGUCCAAUGCUAUUCCUGGUCACGUUAUUGCCUAUGAAGACAUGGAGAAUGAUCUUCUUCUAGCUGGUGACCUUAGCUGGAAGGAUUUUGUACGUGUGGCAAAGAGAAUUCGGAUACUUCCGAUCAAGGGGAACUCAAGGAAAGGUACACACACAACAAGUACAAGAGAGGCAUGAGUGAUGAUCAUCUUGCAGAUGGUUAAUCAUUACUAUAGGGAUCUAGUUUUGUGCAUGUUGAAGAAGUAGAAACUGUGGUAAUUAACGCUAGCAAGAAAUGCUGGUUAUGAGUUAAUCCAAUUGGAAGUACAUGUGAAGCCUUUGUGUGCUUUGUAUGAAUAAAA